AUGGCCCCUAACACCUCCAACGACAAAAUCAUCCUUUACGACUUCCCAGGAAGGAACCCUGGAGGAGCAUUCUCGCCGAGUACAUGGAAGGCUAGGCUCGCCCUGAACAUGAAGGGCAUUUCCUACCGCACGGUCUGGGUCGAUUCCCCCGACAUCGCUUCUCACUGCAUUUCCAUCGGUGCCGAACCCACUUCUUAUUCCAUCAACCCAGUCGACGGCACAAAGACUCCAAAAUACACAUUCCCCGUUAUCCACGACCCCGCCACCGGUGCCCUAGUCUCCGAUUCAUUCAAGAUCGCGAGGUAUCUCGAUAACACGUACCCCUCGCACGUCAGCUCCUUAGUCGCGAAGAGUGGAUUCCAAUUGUCAAGGGAUUUGAAGUUUGCUCCCGCGGGGACGGCGGCGUUGCAGAUGGUAUUUGAGGAUAUAUGGAUGGCGAAGAUCGUCAUGAACGUGUUCCCGAUGCUGGUCGUUGAUAUUGCCAACUCAUCAGCCACGGCACGAGCGCGGGAAGAUUUCAGAGAGAAGAGGGAGGCGCGUUUUGGAGUGAAGCUGGAAGAGAUGUGUCCUCCUGAGGCGAGACCUGUGAUGUGGAAGAAGGCGCUAGAGGGCUUCACGCAGGUCGGAGUGUGGUUGGAUGAGAACGGUGGUGAGGGGCAGUUCGUUAUGGGAGAUAAGUUGAGUUGGGCCGAUAUAAUCAUAGGGUCGUGGCUAUUGAUGAUGAGGAGGAUGUGGGGAGAAAGGAGUAAAGAGUGGCAAGAGCUGAUGAGUUUUGAAGGAGGAAGAUGGAAAAGGUUUUACGAAGUCAUUGCGACGUGGAACUAUGUUGAUGAGGACGGCGAAGCUAGUUUGAAAGAGUGGCUCGAGACCGAGUAGUCUGCUUUCUGGUAUAUUUAUGACUAAUUGUUUUUGCGUG